UCAUCUCUACCUUUCCAUUACUGUUAUCUUUUUAUAUUCUCUCCUCUCAUGUAUCUUGUUUCUCUACCUUCUAGAAUACUGCAACCGUUAUUACUCUGAAUUUGGUGCCUCACGUUGUUGAUUGGAGUUUGUGGGAUCAGAGUCGCUAACAUUUGGUAUCAUACUACUCGCAUCCUGGAAGAUUGCACGCAUGGAGGCGGCAAUGCAGCAGAUUCUCGACGCGAUGGCGCACAUGGAGCUCCGCUUGACCUAUGUGUUGGCCGGCCGUGGUGGCGAGCACAGGGUGGAGGACGCGGACUCAGAGCUGCGAUCCUCCAACUCCGCCACCUCCUCCAUCACCGCGCCGGUGUACGACGCCGGCGUGUUCGACUCUUCGACGGCCCCAGCGUACGACAACGAGUUCGCGACAAGCGCCCGCUCCGCGACGCCUUCUCCGUCCUACGACAACGACCUGUUCGGCGUUUCCGUCCCCGACCGCGAGCCGCCCAACGGCAAGCAGACGGCCCACACCCCCGCUUCGACACCGCGCCGUGCAUGGAGUUGAAGUCGAAGGAGACUCACCAGUCUCUGCUCAUCCAUCACUUCAUCAACCCCGUGGCUCCUCAUCUUCCCUCUGCCAAGGAGGCCAUGGCCGAGAUGGACGCGGCCACGAACGCGAGUGACCCCGUGAUGCUCGACGCGUCCUCGUCGCUCGACCCGUACUCCUUCGCGCUGCUGCUGCCGCCAGCUGAGGUGGUGGACGCACCGAAUCACGACGAGGCAAGUUCUCUACCUCCUGCCCACGACUUCCGCGUCGAGCAAGCCAAAGGGGAGAAGGUACCCGUCGACACGCUCACCAAGUGUUCGACGAUAGACCUCAACCGCGGCAUUUACUCCGUCGCCAACACGGCCACUAUCAGAGCCGCGAUGGGCGCGGUCGUGGACGUGAGGGACUCCGUGAGGUUCCCUUCCCUUCUCGCCGCGGGGAAUUUCCCGCCGCCCUUCCUCACGCUGUCGCCACCACACGACGAGGCAGAUCCGGACUUCGGUUCCUGCCAGGACAAGGAGCUGCUCGACCAUCUCGAAGGCGUGCUGGCCACCGAAUCUGUGGUGGUGAAGAGAGGCCAGCACAUCGUGCCGCUCAAGGGGAAGUGCGUCUUCGUGCGCGCCGACUUCAACGCACCGCUCGACGCGUGCAGCGGAAGCGUGGUGGGCUCGCCCUCACCGAGCAUGCAGGUGAAGAGGGCGCAGAGGAAUCGACCGCCGAACUCCUGCCGCGUGCACUGCGCGUCGCCGCUCUGCUCGGCAGCACAUGCCUCGACGCCACCGUCGGACUUCUGUGCCGCGGCGCGGUGCCCGUUGGAGAACAUCGAGAUGAGCUCCUGUGACGCGCCCCACGCGUGCCCGCCGUUGUACUACGGGUACGGGGACGGGAGCCCCAUGGCGCACCUGAGGCGCGGUCGCGUCGGGUGGGGCGCUAGCGCACGCGCGCCCAUGGCCAUGGUCGUCGACAACUUCUCCUUCGCGUGCACGCGCACGACCAUGGGCGAGCCUGUCGAGGUGGCAGGGUUCGACCACAGCCAGUUCUCGCUGCCGGUCCAGCUCUCCUACCUCACGCCAUCUCACCAUCACGCCCACCAAGUGUUCGACGAUAGACCUCAACCGCGGCAUCUACUCCGUCCUCAGCCUGGACCUCCACCGUCAGCUACUAUCAAGGCAGCAGCUACCUCAACCAUAGAGGAUGAGGUACUCGUCGACACAACCACCAAGUGUUCGAUGAGAGUACUCAACCGCGGCGUCUAUCUUCGACGAGGGCUUCAAGAACAACUGUCGGCCCGUCACCUUCACCUACAACUCCGUCGACGGCGACAUCACCGUCACCUACGACGGAUACUCCAGCGACGUGUUGGUGCACGAGCGGUUCAUGGUCCGGUUACUGGACGCGAUGUCGCUGGACCAGGAUGUGACUCUGCUGUGUGCAGGCAUCACCGUGUCUCACCCCAUGAAGUACCACGGCCUGAACAAGCCGAGGAAGCACAUCUGCUUGAUGAGGCUGGGAGGAUUGGGCCACGUUGCUGUCAAGUUCGCCAAGGCGUUCGCCAAUCACAGGGAUGCCAAGCGCACGUUCCGGGAGAUCAAGAUGUUGAGGCACCUCAACCACAUGAGCAUCAUUGGCAUCAGGGACGUGAUCCCAGCGCCGGUCAAACCGGGAAAGUUGUUCUGAUGAAGCAGCUGGCUGACUGCAAACCAGUGCAGAUCACUGCUACUCUUGGGGAUUUGCUCAAUAGAAAGGUCAGCGAAGGUGUCCGGGUCCUUAUGCUAGUGUGGGUUGAUCGGACUUCAGUCGGUUUGCUGCAGAAGGAUAGCAUGAUGGAUACCCAUGCAAAGUGCAGCAACACAUGGAGUUACCCUGUGUCGGAUGCCCACCGCAUGGAAAGUGCAGCAAUGCCAAUGCUGAAUCUGCUCACAUGGAGUUACGCUCAAUCUGCUCACAUAGCAUUCAUAACCAUAGAUUGUGCUGCAAUGCAGAGAGUAACAGAAGGGAACCUUGUUUUCACAGAGCACACUGAGCAAGAUGACAAGUUCAGAGAGUUGGCUCGCCGAGUUACUGAAGUCCUGGAAUUCAGGUCGGCUGCUGGACUCAUUUUUUGUCACCCUAUAAUGACAACAACAGAAUUCUGGAUGUCACACGAGUGUCUUCUUGUGCCUUAUGAGCAAGCACUCACCCAUGAGGAAUUUUUCCCUAGCAUCUAUUAUGACUGCUCUGCCUAUUUCCUAUGGGUUGGAAAGUGCACUCGCCAGCUUGAUGGAGGGAGGUCAGGGUCGGAAAUCGGUGCUUUAGAUGCUGGUGUUGGAAUUGUCGGCACUGGCCUCGGUCUCAUUCGUUUAGGAAUUGGUGCUGUCGCUGGUCUUAUUACCUCUGGUUUGGGUACUGUCAGUAGUGGACAAGGCAAUUUCUCAAUCUAUGUGUGAGAUCCUGGUGGUCAUGCGAAGAACAGCUUGGGGACAAGCUGCGUUUUAAGCGGUGGGGAAUGUCAGCAGACUGUUAUGUGGGACCCUGGAUAGAUGGCAAGUGGGUGGCAUGUGUGCCUAUAAAAAGGGAGAACGUAUAAACCAAGGAGAGAAAAGAACCAUUUGAACAAACUAAAUCAUCUCUACCUUUCCAUU